AAAUUUCCGUGGAAAAUCGUCAUUAGCUGCAUUCUACAAGUUUGCUCAUAAAAUUGUGUUUAGAACCAGUUUGGCUUGUGUUUAAUAUUAACUUCAACACUUUUCCUGUACAAUUUGAGGGUUUGUGAGCAAAAAUCGCUUUUUUGUACGCCGUCCGUUAGGUGCGUACACGAGUGCCAUGUCCUCGUCGGAGGAUCGCGAUGACGGUGCGGACGUUGGGAUGGAUGAUCCGGAAGACGUUACGAUCAAGGAAGAGCCUGCGGAUGAUUCGAUGGACGUCGAAUCGCCCCCAUCCCUCGGACCGGCGGCCCUCGGGUUGCAUCCAGUUGGGAUGAAACUGCCCACGAGAACAACACCCAGUCAACCGCUGCAAGCGCUAAACGCCCGCGGAAUGCCCGCCCGUAUUCGCAAAAAGAACAAACUGUUUUUCGAUGAGGAACUGCUGAUUAACGAUAAGAUACCGCCGAAGGGUAGCCCCCGCAAGGGAGCAGGCACUGGAACCGGUUCGGCAACGGCCUCACCGCAGAAGGGAAUGGUAACGCCAACGAAAAGCACUCCCCGCUCGGCGCAAAAGAAGAAGUUGCUUUCACGGUUCGAUAAAAUGAAAGACAGCCUGAAGAAACGCAAAGAGGACCCGGACGAGGUGGGUGCGGUUAUGCGCGUCAUCAAUCCGAUUGCGCUGUUGGAUAAGAAGGCCAGCCAACGAAUUGGAUUGCGGUUGCGAAAUUUGUUGAAGCUGCCGAAAGCGCACAAGUUCGUCAGCUACGAGUGGUUCUACAGCAAUAUCGAUCGGUCGCUGUUCGAUGGCGAAAACGAUUUUCAAAUUUGCCUCCGGGAUAUGUAUCCGGAUCUGAAAACUCGGUAUCUCACUAGACCGGAAUGGAACAAAAUUCGUCGCACGAUGGGCAAACCACGUCGCUGCUCAGCUGCGUUCUUUGCGGAGGAAAGGCGGGAGUUGGAACGGAAACGCCAGAAGAUUCGUCUGCUGCAGACCAAACGUUCCGGGGAUGUUUCCUUUAUACGGGAUCUUCCGAGGGAAAUCCCUCAGCCGCUGUCCGUUGGAACGAAAGUGACUGCCAGGCUGCGGGCCCCACAGGAUGGGCUGUUUACCGGAACAGUCGAUGCCAUUGACGUUAUGACAAGCUCGUAUCGCAUCAGCUUCGACCGACCGGGUUUGGGUUCGCACACCAUUCCGGACUUUGAGGUGGUGGCGAAUGAAACCCCGGACAAGAUUGCCCUCAAUGCCAUAACGAAAGAUUUCCGACCGAAGUAUCAGAAUGCUUCCUUCUAUGUGGCGUCGCCGGCAGUCAAAAAUCCCAUUACGGGGAUUAAAGGUGAUCCGCUGCUUGGUGGGGACAGUUACCCGAAGGUUCCCGGUAUGUCCGACAGCAAGAUGCUGUUUCCGAAGGAUAACAUUGGCGGGUUUUCGGUUAAAUUGCUGGAGCUUAUUGUUCGAACAAAGAAAACUUUAUCGGCUAAACAAAUGAAGCUGCUCCGACUGCAGAACAUGAAUUCGGAAGCUGAAAUCUAUAAAUCGUACGGUGAUCCGUUUCCGGAGGAGUUUCAAAAGCGGUACGCCUCGCUGGUGGUGGCCAUGGAAAAGCUGAAUCGUGACAUACACGACCAGCUCAGUCAGUUGCAGGGCAGCUGCAAAAACCUUACGCAGGAUCCGGGCGUGAUUGCAAUGAUAUCACCGAGCUACCUGAGAGAACAGUGCCGCGAGCAGGCGGAGGAAACGUUCGACAAGAAUAACAACGGCCAGCUCACGAACGACGGAAUGAUUAAGCUAAUCAAAGAUCUCACCACCAUCAUGUACGUGGCUUCCAAUCUGGGUACGGACGAUGGCAGUCAGACCGAGCACUGUCUGGAGGUGCUGCGCGGUUGCCUGGAGGAAACCAAGGGUCGGUUGGAUUUCGAGAAUAUGGCAUCGUUCCAGCGGGGUGUUCACCAGCACAUUCGGCACAUACAGGCCGGCUUUGCGGCGGCCCACCGGCAGAAGAUGGAGGAUAAGGUGAAGAAAGAGACGAUAGGCGGUUCGGCUAGCGUCGGUUAGCGAUAAACCGGUACCGGUGUGGGCAAGCAGGGGAGUCAAGCGACGAUGGGAGAAAAGCGGGAACCGUGUGCAUUUUUUUCCUUUUGUUCUGCGUUGUAACAUUUUUUUUGUCAACUUAACUGAUGAUAGUCUUUGGUAGUUGUGUGGAAGUAGAUGACGAGUUCUACAUAUAUU